CACGUGACUUUCUGUGUACACGACAGUAUGAUGGCGGAUUGAAUGUUUUCAGUAAAUUUUGGAUUUUUGGUCAUUUUUUAAGUCGAAUUUCUGCUACGUAGCUCCAUUGCCAUCUUCAAAAAGUGUCAUACACGAUCAAUAUUUCAUGAUACUAGCUUGCUUGCCUUUUAAGCCUUUGCGGUAUUACGCUUGUCACAGCAACUUGUAUUCAACUCUUAAAUCAUAAGUGGAAAGACCCAUAUUUUGUCAAGAGUUGAGAUCGAUUUUGGUUUGUUUUGGUUGGUAUUUCUUUAUUUAUAAUCGAUUGACGAAGGCAGUUGAAUUGGUUAGUUCAUUUAUCUUGGAUCAUUGUCGUAUUAAAUGGAAAUAAAUUAACGGAUCUUCCGCUGAUUUUAUUGUGGAAUUUGAAAAACGUACAAGAUUAAGGAGAGUUUACUCAAACGUUUUAAUAUAUCAGUUUGUCGACUUAAUCGUCUGGUUUAUAGAUUGGAAUAUAUUGGAGCCAUUAUCUUUGCAUUGCUUCAAAUUGCAGAGUUUUAUUUGGAAACCACAAAGUAUUGUUAAAUAGUCAAGCACUUAGCUUUGUUGACGUUACUGGAGACGAAGAAAACGUUCGUAGAGCUCUUGAUAUUGAGAAUCUUAAGUUAUUUUAUUUUGUAAUAAAAGAGUGGGUUUUGUUGACAGAAAAUCUGCUCUAUUUAACGUUUCAUAUAAGUGCACAAUAAACUUGGAAAGAAGGAAGCAAUUGAUAAAGUUUAUGGUUUCAUUCAUCUUCAAGACUCCAGCUAAAAAUUCGUUUUUCAAAUUAUGUAAAGUUUCUCAUAGUGACGGAAGAGCAAGAAAAAUUUAAUUGUGAGCAUAGUAACUUUUUACAAUGGACCGAACUAGUGAAAAAUUCAUCAAUUGUCUUAAGAGACCUUCAAUUGCAAGAACAGAUGAGGAUUGUGCUUGCAUUUUGAAACACCUGCGUGGUAUGCAGGCUAUGUCAGGCUUAGGAGGAGAAGUCAUUAAGGCUAUGUGUAAGACAGCGCGCUAUGAGGUCCACGAGUCCAACCAUUUGCUCUACUUGCAAAAUGAUUAUGCAACAUGUUGGUAUAUUUUACUCUCAGGAUCCGUAUUCAUUGAUUGUAACAUGUAUCUUCCUGGUAGUAGUUUUGGCAAACAACCAUUGUGGUUAGAUGGCCGUCGUGGUAGUGAAUGUCUUAUAUUGGAACAUUCAGAAAUGAUUGUUAUUGACUAUCCUGACUCAAGAUUGAUGAAACCAAAUUCACGUCAUUCAUAUGAAGCAAUGGAUCUUGAAAUGAUGUUGGCUUUAGAGAAUGGUGAAGUUAAAGUUGGAGGACCCAUUCCUGAUGAAAAGAUACCCCAAGAAUUGGAUCAAGUUAAACAACUUUUACUCAAAUCCUCAUAUGGAGAGUCAGAUACCUCACGUCGACCCCAAUCUGGUCCUGAUUUUGAUUUGGAUUUAUCAGGACUUGUUGAAAGCAUUGUUGAUUCAGAUGACGAUGAAACAACGUCACAAUCGUCAGGAGAGUCAAUGAUGGUUCGAGAUGUUGUACGAGAUUGUCUUGAAAAGGAUACCUCUGAACGAACUGAAAACGAUAUUGAGGCGCUUAUGGAUUUUCUUCAACAUUUACCUGCUUUUUCAAGCAUGACAACGAAUGUUCGUCGUGAACUUUGCGCAGUGAUGUUAUUUGCUGUAGUGGAACAUGCAAAUGUCGUCGUUCUAAAUGAUGGUGAUCAGCUUGAUUCAUGGUGUGUUAUUUUAAAUGGUUCAGUUGAAGUACUUGUCCCAGGAGAGGAGACAGUAACUCUACAUUUAGGACAGAGUUUUGGAGUUCAACCGACUUUGGAUCAGUAUUAUCAUAAAGGUGUGAUGAAGACGCGUGUUGAUGAUUGUCAGUUCGUGUGCAUACCGCAGACUGAAUAUCAUCGCAUACUCAGCCAAGGUGAAGCAAACAUUCACGAAGUCGUCGAGAAUGGUGAAGUUGUCAUGGUGACAGAAUAUCGUUCGUUAGAUGGUGGAAACAGAGAUGGGCACGUCGUCAUUAAGGCUAAACCCAAACUUUUGGUUGACCAUCUCGUUGAAGAUCAUUCAAUUGUUGAUCCUACCUACGUUGAAGAUUUUCUAUUGACUUAUCGAACUUUCUUUAAUGAACCUUCUAAUAUUUGUUCUCAACUUCUCGAUUGGUUUGAUUUCCCAGAAUUAAAGGAUAAGGUAACCCGGGUUAUGUUGCUUUGGGUAAUCAAUCAUUUUAACAGCGAUUUUGAAGACAGUCCAUCAAUGGAAAAACAUUUGGAAAGAUUUGAAAAAGGCCUUGAGAAACAUUCCAUGAUUGGUCAACUACGUUUACUUCAUAUUGCGUGUUCAUCUAAAGCGAGGCUACGGAAAGUUACAUUGGUUCAUCACGCCAAAGACUCUUCUUUGAAUUUUUCUAUUACUGGUGGAAAGGAUAGAGGAUUUGGUAUUUUUAUUGCUAAAGUAAAGAAAGGUUCCAAGAUUGACCAAGCUGGUUUGCGCAAAGGGGAUCAGAUUUUAGAAGUUAAUGGUCAAAAUUUUGAAAAUAUGACGUUGGCCAAAGCGAAAGACAUUUUGAAGAGUCAAACAAAUUUAACCAUUAGCGUGAAACAUAAUAUUGCUGUUUUUAAAGAACUUUUAAAUAGUCCACUGAAAAGAAGUUCUCACGUGAAAACAAAGAAAGGCGAGGUUCAAAGAAGUUCAUCUGACUCUUGUGAUAAACGUCAAGGAUUUUCUCAUCGAACUAACGAUCCUUUAUAUUUUUCUGAUUAUUCUGGCAAGAAAUUAGGGAAUACAUUUGGUAGUAAUAUGUAUGCUACGACAAGAAUAAAGAAAACUUUCCUUAAGUUUACAACAUUACCUCGUUCUCCCAAAGGUGAAAAAGAUGUUAAGGCGUUAUAUGGAAUAUCUUAUGAUGACUCCACUUUAAUGAACGCAAAGAAACAUGCUCUUGGCAACGGAACGCUUCGAGCUUACAGCUCCUCCGAAAAUAUUGCUGACGAGGAAAUCGAUAGCGUUCAACCUGAUCAAGUGAUCCGGAUUUAUAAGGCGGAUCACACGUCGAAGUAUUUCGUCAUUUAUCAGGAUACUACGGUUCGAGAAGUGCUAAAUAUGGCUGUAGAUGCGUUCUCAUUGGCUGAAUCUGCUGAUAACUUUUCGUUGAGUGAAAUUUCAGUCAAUGAAGGAGAUUUAAUCAAACAAAAAAGACUUCCUGAUUUAAUGUGUGAUCUUGUUAAUAAAGCGUCUCUAAAUGGACGCUAUUAUCUGAAAGAUUUUAACUCCACUGACGUUACUUUACUGCCCGAGGAGGCUAUCCAGGAAUUAGGUAAAGAACUACGACACACAAUUGCUGAUUUAGAUGCAACGGAAGUAGCUCGUCAAGUCACUUUAAGAGAUUUUCAGAUUUUUCAAAAGAUAGAAUCAUCACAAUAUAUUUAUGAACUUUGGAAAUUUGAAGAAAAAUUGCGAAAUACUUUAACAAAUUUUACCAAGAUAACCGAUGAAGAAAGAUUUUGGGUGAUUACGGAGAUUUGUAAAGAACAAAAUGUUAUAAAACGAGUAAAAAUAAUCAAACAGUUUAUACGAAUUGCAAAACGGUGUAAAGAUUGCAGAAAUUUUAAUUCAAUGUUCGAGAUUGUUAGUGGUCUUGAUCAUUCUGCUGUACAAAGAAUGAAAGGAACUUGGGAAAAAGUUCCUAGUAAAUACACAAAAAUAUUUGACGAUAUAAAAGAUUUGAUGGACCCAUCAAGGAAUAUGUCAAAAUAUCGUACUUUGUUGAGCAGAGAACAACGUUAUCCUCCUGUGAUACCAUUUUUUCCUAUUGUCCUGAAAGAUUUGUCUUUUCUUCACUUUGGAAACAAGUCAAUUGUGGACGGCUUGAUUAAUUUUGAAAAAUUGCGUUCAAUAUCAAAAGAAGUUCGAAACACAACUAAGCUUAGCCUUGUGUCUUAUGUCAGCGAUAUGAUGUUUGAUCGUGCCGUCACAGAUACCCCUGGACCGACAGUCAUACAAGCUCUGACCGGUGGUCUUCAGAACAAGAACAGGCGCAGUCGUCGUGACAACGGAUUUCGAAACCCAAGAAAAAUGCAUGAGGAAGUCCUUAUGAGUCGUCGUGUUAAGAAAUAUCUUACAAACCUCGAGAUUAUCACAAAUGAAGAUGAGUUACGAGUUCUUUCUUUGAUAUGUGAGCCCCCGGCCGGUUCAGGCCUUUCGGCUCAAAUCAAGAAAAAACUUACUCCACCUAGUUCCCCUAGUGAAAGUCGAGAAGACAAAGAAGAUAUAAUAUCGCAGUCUUCUUCAGUCAGUUCGCCGGCUUCACCUCUUCCUCCAAGUUCACCAGGAGCGGUUAAUAUUAACGAUAUUGAUGUCUUUCCAGAAGUGUCUAGCAGGCCAUUUGAAGAACAAAAACAUACAUUGAAACGAGAUGACACAUUAACAAGGGAGAUUUCCAUCCCAAAAACACCAAGUCCUUCAACUCCUGAGAAAGAAAUAUCGUCGCCACGUUUAUUCUUUGCUGCAGGUAAAGGUGAUGGUAAAAUAUCCGCCGUAUGACAUAUGAAAAGCACAUCACUUUCGUGGCUGAAGUUUAUAUUAAAGGACUUAGAUGUGUAGGAUUUAACGAAAUUUAUUUUGAAAUUUAGAAAAACGACACGUUUUGUACAUAGUGUGUAAUAAUUAUUUUUUAAUACUUUGGAAUUAACGUUAAUAAGAGAGUGUAAUUUUAGCGUUUAGGCAAAGUGUGUAUAUUAGAUUAACAUAAUCGUACUUAGGAAUGGAGAAUUUUUACCCAUCAUUCUCACUUUGCUUGAAUUCUUAAAAAGUCAAAAUAUAAUGACAUGGAAAAGACAUUUUAAUAUUCAAAUAAAAAUCAAUUCUUAAAAUUAUCUAA